AGUGGUAGCUUCAAGCAACCGCUACUUUACUGAGUUUGUGAAAUUCAGGUAAUCAAAGAAAAAUCAGUGAAAAUGGAUGAGUAUUUGCAAUGCAUGAAGACUCUGCGCUCUCAGAUGAACGAUGUGGAGGAUCAAGCGACAAAAAUUUCAGUGGAAGAGCAAAUGCAACUCACUACCGUUCAAACGCUGGAAGGAGACCUCAAUUCAGUCAAAAGGCAGACAAUUCAGCUCAAGGAGGAUAUCGAUAAAAUGGUGAAGGCAAAGGGAGAAAUCUGUUCCCUGAUCUUGGAAAAGCGAAGAAAAAUUUCUUCUUUGGAAGGAAAUUCAUCCACUCUCUAUCAGACUUUGGAGCUCAGUCAACAGGAAAGAACCAACUUGUCAACAAAACUUUUGGAGAAAAGAAAAUAUUAUUCCAAAGUUGCUGAGGAUAUUACUACUCACUUGAAAGAGCAGCAGAAUUGGAUAGAUGAUCACAGAUGUGGGCCACGUGGCUCAUUUAUUGGAGUGAAUUCUCAGGCAAUGGACACAAUUUUUAAGAAAACUGGUGAAACUGAAGUAUAUCAGGAUAAUGCAGUUGAAAGCCUAUCAAAGAAUUUUGAAGCAGCAAACACUAAGCUGAGCCAGUUGAAACAACUGAAGUUUGAACUUGAUUUGGAGAACACCAAGUUGAUGCAAUCUGCUGAGUUCAUGAAGAAGAAGAUAAAUGAUUUUAAGCCAGAGCUGAGGGAAAUGGAUGUAAAAUUCUUGGAAGAUGAGCAUCAAGCACUUUCAGGAGACAAAGUUGAACUAACUGAGUAUGUGCAGUCAUUACAAUUCCAGAUUGUGAAAUUGAAGGGAAUUUCACAUACUAUCAAUUGUUGCUGUGGAGAGGAGUACAAGAUAGAAAUGAAUUGUUCUGCAUGAUGAUGAAAGAGGUGAAGAAAGAAAUUUUGAUAUGACCGUAUUGGAGGAGUCAUGGGA